AACUCUUGAUAAUACUUUGUUCGAGUCAGUGCACGACCGGCAGGCUACAACACGUCAUUGUAUUUGUAGAUAAGUGUAGCUUUCCCUUGAAAUUGAUCUGCAUAUUCCGGUAGUAUCGCGGUCCGUAGGCAGUCCCUGGUGAUCACGUCGGCUGAACAGAGUUUGAUCAAGUAAACGCCUUGUAAUCAGGGCAUCGUAAAGCCUGCCAUUUGUCUAAACUAGCGAGUACAAGUGUUUGCUUCUUACAGCAACAGAAUGGCCAAGAUAGGCUUGGAAGCUGCCCAAAAUCUGUUUCGGAUGAUUGUGGAAGGCACCCACUUUGAUCGGGUGUUGCGAAAAGCCACUAUCGUAGCUCUGUCACCCAGCAAGUGUACAUGUGAGAUGACAGUGGAGGAGGAGCACGCCAACAAGCACGGCACGCUGCACGGUGGAAUGGCGUCGACGCUGGUGGACACGGUCAGCACGGUGGCCAUCAUGGCCAGCGAUCGCAGUGCGGCGGGUGUCAGCACUGACCUUUCUGUCAGCUUUGUACGGGCAGCAAAGAUCGGUGAGCGUAUACGCAUUGACGCAGAGUGCUUGAAGGCUGGAAGAUCACUGGCGUACGCCAACGUCACCAUCAGUCGGUGCAGCGACGAUGCUAUUCUAUGCACAGGUAAACACACCAAGUUCUUCACCGAAAAAUAAAGCAUUGGGAGGACAUGACAGGCCAAGUGUUAUGUUCAGCAACGCCGCCUACCAGUUGUGGUCGUAUCUGUGACACCGAGGCUCACAGAGACAUUGGAAUGCGAUUGGUAUUGUCCGGAGCAAUCCCACCUCCAGCUGGACUCCACACUGGCUACAGCUGUGUAGCUGACAGCAGUUUGGAUUAACUUACGCAGACUCUUCGAGAGAAGUAGGGGAUGAUGCUGGUAGUAAAGAAUUUCCAGCAGAAUAGAAUGCUAGGAUUUCCUGUUCUUCUCUAGAUAGACUACCACCGAUCUAUUCUGUACUAGUAUUGCUAUCUCCCCGCUGUGAUGCUUCAUGCUUAGCGUAUUCACACACACGUUUUGUUGUCUCUUUGGCUUAUCACAGCAUGUAGAGAUGUCCUCACUCAUCCACUUCCCAAGUUCCCAUACACGCAGAUACGUGUACGUGCGUGUAUCAUGGUGUACAGAAGGUGGUGGGGAGGUAGGAGAAAUAUCCACUUGCCAAACCUUACCUUUCUGCUGCCUCGAAGAGCAGUGCCAUGAAUGCCUUGAGUGUCUUGACGCCUUAGUCGAUAUUAAUAAUUUCUAGACGGAGCAGUUUCCUGUAUUCCUUUUAAAACCCAUGUUGGCGUGUAUCUUAGGGAGGAACUUACAUGUACUAUUUUUUGUUCAACUGUACUACCUCGCACACACACACACACACACACACACACACACACACACACACACACACACACACACACACACACACACACACACACACACACACUCCAAUGUUGGAAGCCGUCCUUUAUUUUCACCAAACAGCAGAAGCCUACAUUCUUCACGCUUUGAGCGAGAACCGAG